AUGGAGACGAUUAAGAGGGAAAAUAUUCAGCUAGGUGAUAAUCGAAAGCUGGUGGCUACGAUGGCCACCAGUGGCUCGAUACCCCAACCGCUGCCAUGCACACCACCGAAACUGGGUGUUAGGUCGCUGGAGGUGAGAGAUGACGGAGACCAGCGGGUCCGGCUGGUGCCGCAGCUCGCGCCGACGAACGACGAAUCAGUUCAACCCUCGAGUUCGCCGGCAUCGCACCGUGGUGCGUGGUUUCGGAAGUCCAACACUUGUGGCAGCUUGUACGUGCAGUGUGCCUGUAAAGUGACCACCGGCCACUGUGGCAAGUCUAGACUGGAGAACGUAUUCGAUUCCCGGUCCAAGCAGCACCCUGCUGCCGCUCAGAAACAGCGUCCAAUUUCACUGUCGGACAAGGACAUUCGACGAGUCCGACCUCAAUCGUUCGUCCACCCGGACAGUCCCACUACCGUCUACGGAGAAGCGGGCUACCAAGACGCCCUGGAAAAAGCGCUCACCUCACGGACCUCGGUCACGGCGGCACAGACGACCUGCGGUGGCUACGAGGUACUGCAUACGGCCACGGCCGUUCGCUCCAAACGCUACUCUACGCCAGCCAUCGGAACGAGCUACGCCUUCCAUCCGGAGUUUGUGCUCCAGAAGCUCCAGAACGAUAGCGUCCCAGCAACGCCGCAACCCGUGGUGGAACCUCCAAAAGUGAGCCCUCCGACUCCGGACGCUGCUGCGCUAACGCGGGUUGUGUUUAAACAGCGACACUGCGCCAGUUACCCGGGCUUCCAAGAGAACGCGCACUUCGGGAAGUCACUGUCCAACGGAACCUCGAACGCGUCCAGCCUCGACGUCGGGUGUUCCUGGGUGGAAGAGGACAGUGCCACCUCCCAGGAGUAUCUUGCGGAUGUUUGUGAGCGAACGGAUGAUGAAGAUUGGGAAAAUACACCACCCUUGGCAAGCUAUCUGUCAGCGCCACUAGGCCACGCAGGCACCUCCCUGAAGUCCGAUGGGUCAAGGGUUCCGUCUAGCAACUGUGGCCGAGGACCGAGCCGCGCCGAGGUGCUAAUUGACUCGGGCAGCAGUAAACUAAGCAGCGUUUGCGGUAUUCCGGCGCGAAAAGGCAACGAGUAUUUCGGAGGCGUCCGGCCGAACGGCAGCAAGCUAAGUGUUUCGCUCGACAGUGUCGCCACAGGUACCGGUCGGUGCAGUAGAGCGGGCAGUAGUCCGCCGAGUUCAGCGACGCACCUUCUUACGCCGCUGAUACCGAUACCAGCGCAGCUCAACUACUCCGCCAAGGAGUACCUGAUACAGUCCGGAAUACUCGGUCCAAUGGGUAACGGGUCGUCGUUGCUUUUGCGCAAAACCUCCAAGAUCGUCCCGAACAUCGACACACCGGUCAAGGAACGGAUACGGAAAAAUUCGGUCAAACUCUGGGGCAAGGUUCUGACCGAAGACCGCCGCAAGUCCUUGUCCGGCCAGUGCGACAGUCUGCAGUCCUACGGCAGCGUGAUGACGGUCAGCGGAGAGCACACGCUUGAGGACGAGCUGAACAGCUUGCGGCGACUGCUCCGGGCGCGCGAUGAAGAGAUCGACAAAUUGCGGAGCGAAAUCGAUAAACUUAAGAGUGUUUUAAAGCAAAAAGCGGUCAACAGUUUGGAGCAGUCGAAUGUGGUUACAGCCGCAACGGAACAGCACCAAAAGCCAGCACUUGGGAGCCCAACCGGUACACCGACUUCCGGGAAGGGAUCGCGAGGUGUGGCCGAACGGGAGCUACUGUCAAGCAUACAGGCGAACUACGCCAUGGCUGGGCAGCCCUUGUCGGAGCUUUUCGGUACGUCUGGCAACAGUUUCACCCUGAAUCAGAUGAAAUCGGUUAAGGGUAUUACGCUGCAGGCGAUGAAGAAACAAGGCGUAUCGGGCGAAAGCUGUGACCUGAUGGGCAGCCAAUCGAGCGACAUCAAGGUGCCGAAGUACAAGAAAGAUUUCAGCGCAAAGCAGCUCAUCAAAGACGCCAUCAUGGAGAACGAUUUCUUCAAGAAUAUCGACUCGCUGCAGAUAAGGGAAAUUGUAGACUCGAUGUACAGCCGGGAGUUCCGCAAGGGCGAGUACGUGAUCCGUGCGGGUGACGCCGGUUCCCAUCUGUACGUGUCGGCGGCGGGCGAGUUCGAGGUAAUCAAAGACGGAAAGGUCCUCGGAGCGAUGGGUCCCGGGCGGGCGUUUGGAGAGCUGGCGAUACUCUAUAACUGCACAAGGACAGCAUCGAUCAGGGUGCUAUGUGAUUCGCGGGUAUGGGUAUUGGAUCGGAGAGUGUUCCAGCAGAUUAUGAUGCGGACGGGCAUGCAGCGUAUCGAGGAGAAUGUUAAUUUCCUCAAAUCGGUCCCACUGUUGAAGCACCUCAGUAAUGACGUACUGACGAAAAUAGCGGACGUCCUGGAAGUGGAAUUCUAUCCCGCCGGAGCGUACAUCAUCCGCCAAGGGGCUGCCGGUGACACAUUCUUUCUCAUUAGCCAGGGAACGGUAAAAGUUACCCAGCGGCUACCGGGCCGUGCGGUUGAUGAAGAAAUUCGAAUCCUGGUGCGGGGUGAGUACUUCGGCGAGCAGGCGCUCAUUAGGGAGGACAAGCGGACGGCCAACAUUAUCGCGAUGUCACCGGGCGUCGAGUGUCUGACGCUGGACCGCGAAUCGUUCACCAAACACAUCGGUGACCUGUGCGAACUCCAGGAGAAAAAUUAUGGCGACGAGGAACGGGUGCUCGCAUUCCGGAACCUGGAGAACACUCAGCCUUCGUUGGGUUCCUGCCAGCCGGAAUUGAUGGACGUGAACUUGGCCGACCUGGACGUCAUCGGAACGCUUGGAGUCGGUGGGUUCGGGCGCGUCGAGUUGGUUAAGGUGGAGCACGCCGGGAACACGCAGGUCUAUGCGCUGAAGUGUAUGAAGAAGCGUCACAUUGUCGACACCCGGCAACAGGAGCACAUGUACAGCGAGAGGAAAAUUAUGCUCGCCUGUCACAGCCCGUUCAUCUGCCGGCUCUACCGCACGUACAAGGACUCCAAGUAUGCCUACAUGCUGCUGGAGGCGUGUAUGGGCGGUGAAGUGUGGACGAUUCUGCGCGAUCGGGUUACGUUCGAAGACUCGACGGCAAAAUUCAUCGUGGGCUGCGUCCUGCAGGCAUUCGACUUUUUGCACGCCCGGGGCAUCGUGUACCGGGACUUGAAGCCGGAAAACUUACUUCUGGACGCGCGUGGCUAUGCGAAACUGGUUGAUUUUGGAUUCUCAAAGUUCAUCGGCUACAGCAGCAAAACGUGGACGUUCUGCGGGACGCCAGAGUACGUGGCACCGGAAAUCAUCCUGAACAAGGGCCACGAUCGGUCGGUCGACUACUGGGCACUGGGAAUUCUCAUACACGAACUGUUGACCGGAAUACCUCCUUUUACAGCGGCCGAUCCUAUGAAAACGUAUAAUAUUAUUUUGAAAGGUAUCGACAUGGUCAGCUUUCCGAAGCACAUGUCCCGCGCAGCGGUUAGCUUGAUCAAACGUCUAUGCCGCGAUGUGCCUUCCGAGCGGCUCGGUUAUCAGCGUGGAGGCGUUCAGGACAUCAAGAAGCACAAAUGGUUCCAGGGUUUCGACUGGGACGGCUUAAUCGCACUUACGCUCAAAUCGCCUUUGCAACCGAAUCUUAAGGGACCGCUCGAUAUGUCAAACUUUGACAUCUUUCCGAAAGACUUGGACAUUCCACCGGACGAACUGUCCGGGUGGGAUGCGGACUUCUGA